AUGAGGAGUGCCUUCGAUAAUCCGCGAUCUUCUCCAGACUACCGAUGCAAGCAAAUCGUUCAGCCACUUCACGGAAACGCCACAGGCCUCGAACGUGAGGCCUUCUACCACCAGUAUUUCGGCCACAACAAGAUAUUCCUCUUGUCAGCAGAGGACAUGAAACGUAUAGGCAAAGAUCCGACCAAAUAUGCUCACAUCGGAGAGGACUGGGGCUAUGGCGAUAAGAUCUAUCCAGCACGCCUCGACUUCACGCAUCAGAUGCAUUGUAUCCACGUCCUCCACGCCAUGCUAAAUCCAAUCGAUUACAAGAUCAACGCUACCGAACAAGGCGGUGUCACUCCGCUGGUGAAAGGCCACGGGGAGCACUGUCUGUGGGCACUGUAUGACUACAUCUCCUGCCAUGUGAGCUGGGACGUCUACAACUACAAGUGGCUUGACGGCUUCCCACGACCCUACCCAGAUCAUGCGUCGCAGCGUCAAUGCCGCAGCAGGAAACCUCUCCAUGAUUUCUAUCUCGAGAACGAUGUGUCGACGGAUGCACGCAUCCUCUAUGUGGUUCCGCAGCCGGGAGAUCACAUGCAUCCCAUGACGGACGAACAACGCGCAAGAGAUGCAGCUAUCCGGGAUGCUGCCGGAGGAUCAUUGCUGCAACCAGAUGAGUGGCUGGUAGAGCGACGCAAAAUGUUCAACGAAGCGAUGCAGCACUGGCGUGACACUGGAGAGAUCCCAAGGGUAGCUCCGCUGACCCCAGAGGAGGUAAAUACAGCCAUCUAG